CUUGUGCCCGAGUGAUCUGUCCUGCGUCGGACACUCUGCGCCCCUAGUACUGCUACCAACCGAAUCCUAUUUUUCACGCUUCCACCCAUUUCCUGCAUCGUGACGAUUAUGUACGCCACACAACCAAGGGCUAUUUUAUUGCGAUGGCUUGAUGGAUCGAUGAAGAUUGCGGCGGUGGUGGCGAUUCUCAUGGCAUGGACAUCAUGCACCGAACAAUCUUGUUUUGCAAAUGGCCAGAGAAGCACGGACGAGCGCAGUCCACUCAACUUCGACCUCGUCGAAAGCUUUGUCUUGGCCUCGCCCGUGGCAAGCGUCCAUCGAUACACCGCCGUGUCAUACGCUGCCAACGACCCGAAUGAAGAUCGAUACGUAGUGCAAGUGGACUCGGACGCAGUGUUCGCGUCCGUCUUGGACGGCCACGGGGGAUGGGAGGUGGCCGAGUACGUCAACAAGCACUUGGUCAACAACGCCGCCACGCUGCUUGGAAAUGCUUCUUCCAACAACUUCGCCCACAUCGCGUCGUCGUUGUCGAGUGCGUUCGUGGCCACCGACGACGCGCUGCGCGCCCGCCUGCUUCUAGCCUUUCAGUCGGGACACGGGAAAGCGAACCGCGUGGGUGCGUGCACGAUGCUGGCGUAUGCAAAAGGAAGCACGCUGGUCGUGGCCAACGCCGGCGACGUAAGGGCGGUGCUGGCGUCGACCGAUGCCUCAGGGGGGCUGGUAGCAACACCCCUGAGCACCGACCACAACGCCAAGCAUGUGUCCGAACAAAACCGGUUGACCGAAAAACAUCCAAAUGAGUCCAACGUGGUCGUGUGCCGAUCGCCCGAGUCGUGCCGCGUCAAAGGCAUCUUGCAGCCCACGCGCGCGUUGGGGGACUUUGCCUUCAAGUAUGAAGAAUUCAACACGUUACAUGCCAGUUUUCAAAAUGGAGGCGACGGUCUCUUCAUCCCGCAGCCAUACACACCGCCGUACAUCCUGGCAGUUCCGGAAAUCCAAGUGCAUACGCUGACGGAUGCCGACCAAUUUCUCAUUUUGGGUACACAUACGUAUAUGUACAUCUAUAUAUAUAUUAAAUUAUGAUAUAUAUAUAUAUAUAUCAAUGUAGUUUACGUACUUGUAACCAGUGAACCUGAUACGAAGUCGCGCAAUUAUGCGUCGUGAAAGUAUAUAAGGAGAAUGGACCGGUGUAUACGUUUAGGAAGCGAUGGACUAUGGGGUGACUUGUCCAACGAAGAAGCGGUGAAAAUUGUCGCUGAUUAUGCAUCUCGUGGCGAGCACGACCUAGCCGCCCAGGCAUUGGUCUACGAGGUGAUCGCCAAGAAUGCCGAAGGAUUGAAGUACGUUGUAGUACUGAUUGCUUCCCUACAAUAUCAAUAUUCUUUUCCCUUUCUCGGAUUUGAAUAACGACUCUACUAUUCCCUUUCUCGGAUUUUAAUAAAGCCUCUACUAUUAUUGCUUGAAAAAUCUGAUGCACCGUGUUCACAAGAAAUUAUUCCUUGUUUGUAUCGUGUGAUAACUUCACAACCCAACCGAUGCUACUGUAGUGCGACUUGGGCCGAAAUUACCAACUUGGUACCAGGACGCGAACGACGUAGUGUGCACGACGAUACAGCCGUCGUGGUGCUAUUUUUCUAGCCGUGAUCAACAUGUGUGCUCUACGAACGCCCCAUGAGCAACAUAAUCGAGCACUAAAUACUUGUAAAGUCUGUAUCUUCAGUGGAUCCUUGAUUUUUGCACCCUGGUAAUAAACGAAUAAC